CCCCGGGAGCCGGGAGCGCGCGGUCCCGGGAGCUGGUGGAAGCGCCGCCGGCCGCAGGAACAGGAGGAGCCGCGGCUUCAGGCCGGGCCCAGCGGGGCCUCCCGGACAAUGUUUCUGCUGUUCUCCACACUCCCUCCAGGUGAGCAAUACCUAAGAUGCAAAGGUUGCCUCUGCUCUGCUUCAGUUCUCUGCUGCCGAGGAGUGAGAGCGUUCUGCUGACUCGUCUCAGCCUGAACUGCAUUCUCCGCUUCCUCCACCAGACCUGCCACCCAGCUGCUGCCUGCCUAUCGAGGAGCCCGGGUGCCAUGUACACGGCUCGCUACCACGCCUGCAAGCCGCACAUCUGGGCCGCAUAUCCGGAGCACUUCCCUCACCUGUACCAGGGGAGACAGAAUGGGCAUAAGCCUCAUCAUCAUCACCACCACCACCACCACCACCACCAUCACCAUCGCACCAAGAAGAAGACCUGGAACUUCAUCCAUGAAAAGAUGAGCUAUGACACUUUCUUCACCAUGAAGAGGCUGAUUGACCGUUCGAGGACCGUGGGGGAGGUGUUGCGCUGGGUGACACAGAAUCCUGGCAAAAUCUCCUACAAUCAUUACCCCAUUGCCUUGCAGAAAAUUGGCCAGAUCCUGCAGCAGCUGCCAGCAGGAAACACUGGGGAGACGUACCACAGCCAGAUGUUGGAGCUAGAAGAUUUCCAGACGCUUUGCGACUCUAUUGUGAGCGACUGCUCCAAGUUCGACAACUUCAGCAUCGUGAAUUGUCUGUACGCUGUCGCCGCCUUGGGUCUUCCCAGUGAUUCCAAGAUUGUUCAGGUCCUGGAGGAGGAAUCCCGAAUCCGCCUCUCUCAGUUCAAUCAGAAAGAUAUCUCCAUGGUUUUCAGCAGCAUCAUGAAGCUACAUCCAUCCACCGAGCACCCAUUGGUCGAAAGCUGUCUCGCUGGCCUCGAGAAGAACAUUGAGAAGGAGCGUCAUCCCCAGACUCUCUUCCUUUUGCUGUCCUACUAUAAACUGAAGGCACAAGCACUGCAAUCUGACAAUUACAGCAGUGACCAGCUUCUCAACAACCGGAAGAUCCUGCGAUUAGUGAAGCACACACUGGGGCACGUCUCCAAUGUGAGGGACCAUGAGAUGACUCUGCUGGAUGAGAUGUUGGCCACGUGUUGCCGGGAGACCAGUAAUAAGUCCCUGGAGCUGAUCUUCAGCUCUCAACUCUUCUAUGAGAACAGGCAGGAAAAGUUCAUCAGCAGCUUGGCAGAGGAACUCCCAAAGAAAGUGGACAGCAUCACCCCCUACACCAUGGCACUCAUUGCAAAGUAUAUUGCUCGUCAUCGACUGCGUGAGACCAAGCUUCUGGACACAAUUGCAGAGUUCCUCAUCAAAAAGGGUGAAUACUUGGACAGUAAGGUAAUUCAGAAGCUCGUCUUCCCCUUCAGUCGCAUGAACUACAAACCUUCCAACGAAGCCAAGUUCUUUGAAAAGCUGGAAUCAGUCCUGGAGAUCAAAGCCAUGAACUCACCCCUGGCCACGGUCAAUAUCUUCAUGUCCAUGUUCCAACUGGGACACUUCCCAGGGGCUAUACUCGACCGAGUCUUCUCCACCGCUUUCAUCAACAAUGUGAUGAACAGUCCAUAUGGGUUGAUUGUUCGCCGAUACCUGUCAUUACUUGAUGCUGCAGUUGAGCUGGAACACCAUGACUACAAGGGUCCUCGGCUGGAGGACAGGUAUAAAGUGAUGAUGUUUGACCGUGUGCUGACUGCAGAUGAAGUCAACAGGAAGUACAGUUACAAAGGGCUGGUGGCUGAAGCUUUGAGACAGCUGAUUGGGGAUCAAUGUUACAAGCAGGAUGAGAUCCUUCCCCCAGGGUAUUACACAGAUUUCUUACUGUGGAUAAAUGGUUCUGGCACUGUUCUUCAUAUUAACGGGACCAUUCACAGUGCUGGCACUCCUCUGUGCCCCUCUGGCUCCAAUUCAAAACCCACAGAGAACUCUGCUUCCCUCCAUGUCCAACCUGACAUCCCCUCCCUCACCUCCGAUUUCCAGAAAUUCUCACCCUUUGGGCUUGACGAGGUGGCAGUGAAAGAGAAGAGAGACGGCGAUCUCACGGCUGAUGUGGAUUACCUCUCACGCAUCCAGCCCCCAGGCAGCAGUGGGCGAUCUAGCACAGCCUCUAUCUUGACCAGUUCAACCAUGGAGUACAACACUUAUUAUCCUCCUUCGAACUACUACGCCAGCCUCACCAAGGAGCAGUCGCUGGAGAGUCAGGAGAGCUCCACGCUUAGCAGUCCAUCUGACUGUUUGAACCAGGUCCCCAACAACACGAGCUGCUCACCGGUCAUGGGCUCCAGUUCCCUCUUUCAGUUCCCCAUCGGAAAGAUCCUAGACGAGGAAACAGAGGCAGCCCCCCAGAACCAAGACCACAACCUCUUCAGACCUGAACAAUCUGCUGCGGGUUUUUAUGACAGCCCCCACUACACUGAGACCCAGGGCAGCGUUGGGCAUGUGGACAUGGUCACCCCGGUGCCACCACCUCUGCAGAUCUCCAACCGAUCGUCGCUGAGCGAGAAAGAGAGACACCCGGACACAGAGCAAGUGAACAGGAUUGUGAUGUCAGUGAAUGACAAAUGGCAUUACUGCCACAACUCGGACGUGUUGGUGGGGUCUCGAGCGAUGCGGGAUCGACACCUGCGACUACUAGGAUACACCAUUCUGCAGCUGCCUUACCACGAGCUGGAAAAGCUAAACGGGAUCGAGGAAGUUAAACAUUAUUUACGGAAAAGACUCCUGGAUGUGCAGUUAUGACAAUGAAAGACUAGCCUUUUUUUUUUGUACCCUGCUCCUGUUUGUAUUUUGGAGAAAGUGAUGUCACCUCCUGCUCGGCAGUCCGAACUCCUGGAGAUUGUAGCACUGAUACUGAUCGAAAUCCUGGGGCUACUCAAUCUUUUUAUUUCUCCUCUUUUUCAGAGUGGGGCGAGAAUCUUUCCUGCUUUUUUUUUGCUUUUGCGUGUUCCACAUGCUAACUACUGCCAGAUGUUUUGUACCAUCCUUGGAGAUGACAGGCUUUUAAACAAAGAAUCUUGGAGUGUGAGUGAAGUUUUUGUUAGUUGAGAAUUUGUGGAGGUUUCAUGAAAGAGGUUUUUUUUUAAAUUGAGUGUUCACUGGCCCUCUCCUGGCUUGUGACUGUCUUCCAUCCUAUUGUUACCUGUCAUCGCCUUGCAACCUUUUUCAAUAGCAAGAGAGAUGUUGUACAGUUCAGACAGUGGAAAUCAGGUCCCAAGUGGCUCCAACAUGGAGUUGCCUCCCAUCUUCAAUCCCAGUCCCCUGACUGAGGAGGAGGGGAAGGCUGGUAAACCUUGGGGUAAGAUCCCAAAUUCUGCAAUGUGCUGAAUUACUCCAACACCCUCUCGUUGGCACACUGCCUGAUGGGGAUCUUUCUGAACCAGUUGUGUGAACCCUGUGAGCCGUUGUAAGAACAGUGACAGAACUUGAAGGUGGUUCUCUUCCGAUCAGCAUCUGCUGGCCACGUUCUUCUGGGUGGUAGAGGUCGCAGGUGUGGCAGGUGCUGUCAAAACAGCCAUGGUGAGCGGCAGCAGUGUUUCUUGUAGAUGGUACACACUGCUGUCACUGUGGGUCGGAGAUGGAUGGGGUGCCAGUGGAGUAGGCUAGUUUGUCCUGGGCUGUGUCGAACCUUUUGAGUGUUGUUGGAGCUGCACUCGCCCAGGCAAUUUGUGGAGGCAUUAACCUGGAGCACAAAAUACUGUGUUUCACUUUUUAUUAUGAGCCUGUUCUUUAUUCCACUUCAACCAACACCAGAUCCUUUAACUACAGAUGAGGUCAAUUUCAUUUGAUUGUUGGAGAACUUGGACUGAAAUCAGGGAGCAUUUUUCAUAUCCUGGUCUCCUCAGUGUGGGAAUGCUGGCCAGGGUGGAUAUUGGUGGAGAUGGUGUUUGUUAGGGCAGAGGGUGUUGGCAAGGGUGGUUGCUAGGAGAGAGAGGAUCAGUGGUGUGGUUGCUAGGAGAGAGGGUGUUGGCGGAGGUGGUUGCUAGGAGAGAGGGUGUUGGCGGAGGUGGUUGCUAGGGGAGAGGGU